CAUGGAAACUCUUGUCUUUUCAGGUGUCUCUGGCCAGUGUUGAUUUUACCAGCCUGCAAGCAUGGGGAAUAUUUUUGCUAACCUCUUCAAGGGCCUUUUUGGCAAAAAAGAAAUGCGCAUUCUCAUGGUUGGCCUGGAUGCUGCAGGAAAGACUACUAUUCUAUACAAACUGAAGCUUGGUGAAAUAGUAACCACUAUUCCUACUAUAGGUUUCAACGUGGAAACUGUUGAGUACAAAAACAUCAGCUUCACCGUGUGGGACGUGGGCGGCCAGGAUAAAAUCAGGCCCCUGUGGCGCCACUACUUCCAGAAUACGCAAGGCUUGAUCUUUGUGGUUGACAGCAAUGACCGGGAGCGGGUGAAUGAGGCCCGUGAAGAGCUUAUGCGGAUGUUGGCAGAAGACGAGCUCAGGGACGCUGUCUUACUAGUGUUUGCUAACAAGCAGGACCUUCCCAAUGCCAUGAACGCCGCUGAGAUCACAGAUAAACUGGGACUGCACUCCCUGCGCCACAGGAACUGGUACAUUCAGGCCACCUGUGCCACCAGUGGAGACGGGCUUUAUGAAGGACUGGACUGGUUGUCCAAUCAGCUCCGAAACCAGAAAUGAGCCGAGACCGGUCCUCCUCCCUUUCUGCCUCCUCUCCCUCCUCCUCCUUCUCUCCGCCCUCUGCUUUACUCUCAUGUGGCAAACUGUGCGGCUCUGUGGUGUCGAGUGCCAGAAGCUGUCUCCAUGGGUUUGGUCACAGUGUGUAUGCACCAUGCUGUAAAUGUGGCAGACGCAGCCUGCAAACAGGUUUUUUAUUUAAUGUAAAUAGUUUUUGUUUCCAAUGAGGCAGUUUCUGGUACUCCUAUGCAAUAUUACUCAGCUUUUUUUAUUGUAAAAAAAGAAAAAUCAACUCACUGUUGUACUGAGAAGGGAUUUCCACACACUGGCCCUGGGCUCCUCCCAGGAGUUACUGUGCUAGAAGAGCCAAGUGCCCUCCCUCUUGGCCUGAGACCUGUGUUGAGAUCCAUUGUGGUGGUUGGUUUUUAACCUGACUGAGCUCAGUGCAUUUUUUAAAAGUAGCUAAAAAUAAAAGGAGAACACUUGAACCCACCGAAGGGAGAAAUAUGCCUAAUGAAGGUUUUACAGUAACAACCUGAGUACUAGUCCAUCCAAUCGUCUGUGUUUCCCUUUGGGAACGUGAGAGAAGGUGACAAAAACAAACCCGCGAUCAAUUUUGCAUGGUCACAAUAGAGAUCCCUGUAAUUACGCUUUGUCUUUGGAUCAUCCCGUAUUUCAUAGUUUGUGCUUGUACUUGUGCUCACACGGUUACCAAGGAAACAGGCUUUGAGGCUGUGCUUGGCCCCAGCUACCAUCUGAGCACAGCAGGCCCUCUGUUGGACCGCUGGGCCCUAGACCCCUUCAUCAGGCUGGGCCACUCAUGCUGGCCACUCAAAGGACCCACAGCGGGAACCUCUGCAGCUGGCCAUAGCAUGGGUAGCAGCCUUUCGGCUCUCGAUUUAGAAGCAAGGAACCACCAACCUUUUAUUCUGGUCAGGUGUGUGGUGCUUUUGUGUGACCACUUACCAGAGCAGAGAGCCCCAGUACUCCCCGUGCUUACUUAGACACCUUGGCCAAGAGCAGCAGGCUCCCAGGGCGCACGCACGGCCUCCUCCCUCCCACAGGAGUGUGCAAGCUGGGAGCAUUCCACCUAGAGCGCACAGCCCGUUGGAGCACCCCUGUCUGUACAUGUGUGAAGUAGCUUCCACUCCCUCAUCCUGCAAGGGUCAGAUUUGCCAGCGAGAAAAGACAACCUCUACACUUUUUUCUUUUGUAUUUUGAUAAACACUGAAGAAGCUGGAGCUGUUAAAUUUUAUCUUCGGGGGGGAAAAUCCCUCAGAACUGGUUUAUUUGGUGUCGUGGAACCUCUUACUGCUUUCAAUACACAAUUAGUAAUCAAAUGUUUUGUAUACUUGUUUUCAGUUUUCAUUUCGACAAACAAGCACUGUAAUUAUAGGUAUUAGAAUAAAAUCUCUUAACUAUUU